GUCAGGACCUGAAUUCUUGCAACGGGCAUGUGAUGCACCUCUAAAGCCGCCUAAUGCGAGUCACCUAAGCCGAUGCCGUCCGUGGCCCGAGUUGCAAAGGUCGGAAGUGGGUCCGGGGGACGGAAGACUCUCCUCUGGCCUGAGGCGCCGAAUAUUAUCGUUCAACCCCUUGCGAUAGCCAAUUGACUUAGGUAAGCAAAAAAUCCAGCUUUCAGGGAUUCGAAUGCACACCUAGGUGCCCAGUCGCGACGAUAGCUUCUAGAUCGUGACGACAGCAAUUGGACGCCGAAUACACUCGACACCAAUUGCCCGACAUGGCCAGCACACUCCUCAGAUCCCUCUUCGCCCCGGCGAUGAGGCCAGCGGCAUUCCCCCGCGCCGCCUCCAUACUCACACCGACUGCAAACACCAUCACCACCCCCCUGAUCCGAUCCUUCUCCUCGACGCCCGUACAAAAUGCCACCAUCAUGCAGGUCCUGAGAGGCUGCCACAAGAAGGGCAAGCGCGCCCGUCACGCCGUCUCCCCCGCCCUGUCCGAGAUCAACGCUCCCGCCCUCAAGGGCGUCUGCCUCAAAGUCGGCAUCACCCGCCCCAAGAAGCCCAACUCUGGCCAGCGCAAGACUGCUCGUGUGCGCCUGUCCAACGGCCGUCACGUCACCGCCUACGUCCCCGGCGAGGGCCACAACAUCCAGCAGCACAGCGUCGUCCUCGUCCGCGGCGGCCGCAGUCAGGAUUGUCCCGGUGUGCGGUACCAUCUUGUCCGUGGCGCCCUCGAUCUCGGAGGUGUGGCCAACCGUGCUACUUCCCGGUCCAAGUACGGUACGAUGAAGCCCAAGAAGGCCACUGUUUCUUAAGUUUGGAGGAUGACAUGAGUGGAGGGCGAGGGGAUGGGCGCUGUGGAAGGGAGUAAGAGCGGAAGGGUACUUUUGCCCUUGUUGUGGUGUACGACUAUUAGACACCAUCAGACAUAUCAAGACGUGUACUAUUACAAUGUACAAAAUACCAAAAGAGAUUUCACAAUAUUCAAACAUGUUCAGGAAGAAGUUCAAGUUAA